CCAGGGCAUUCCUUCCCAUUUAAAAGGGAAAUCUGCUGACGUUAGUUGGUUAAAUUGAACAUCCUUGCAUGUGCAACAUUUGACUUUGGAAACAAAAAUGAACUUCGCGGAGGGAGAUGACUCCAAGAGACACUGCAUUAAAGGGAAACAUGUGGCCAUUAUCUGUGGCGUGGUGGUGGCUGUCGGGUUGAUAGUAGGACUUGCUGUUGGCUUGACCAGAUCGUGUGACCUCCCUGAAGGUGGCCCUUCCCAACCUCCUCCCACCACGAACCCUCCCCAGGACCAGGGGGUCUGCCCUGCCAGUGAUGAUGAAAGUGGAGGCUGGAAGAAUUUCCGGCUGCCGGACUUCAUCAGCCCGGAGCACUACGAUCUGGAGGUGAAGCCGGUGAUGGAGGAGGACACGUACAGCGGCAGGGUGACCAUCUCCAUCAACGUGAGCGCGCCCACGCGGCACCUGUGGCUGCACCUCCGGGAGACCAGGAUCAGCCGGCUCCCGGUGCUGAAGCGGACCUCAGGGGAGCAGGUGCGAGUCCAGCGGUGCUUCGAGUACAAAAAGCAGGAGUACGUGGUGGUGGAGGCCGCGGAAGAGCUCGCACCCACCCGCGAUGUCGGGCUCUACCUCCUGACCAUGGAGUUCGCCGGCUGGCUGAAUGGCUCGCUCGUGGGGUUUUACAGGACGACGUACAUGGAGAAAGGACAAGUCAAGAGCAUAGCAGCUACUGAUCAUGAACCAACAGAUGCCAGGAAAUCCUUCCCUUGUUUUGAUGAGCCCAACAGAAAGGCAACUUUUACAAUAUCUAUCGUCCACCCCAAGGACUAUCAGGCACUUUCAAAUAUGCCAGUGCUGAAAGAAGAGUCGGUGGAUGAUAAGUGGAAUCGAACAACGUUCAAGAAGUCUGUCCCCAUGAGCACAUACCUGGUGUGCUUUGCUGUGCAUCAGUUUCACCCCGUGCAGAGAGUCUCAAAAAGGGGCAUACCUCUCACUGUAUAUGUCCAGCCAGAGCAAAAGCACACAGCUGAAUAUGCUGCAAACAUAACCAAAAUUGUGUUUGAUUAUUAUGAAGAAUACUUUGCUAUGGAUUAUGCUCUUCCUAAAUUAGAUAAGAUCGCUAUUCCAGACUUCGGCACUGGGGCCAUGGAGAACUGGGGGCUCAUCACGUACAGGGAAAAUAACCUGCUUUAUGACCCCGAGGAGUCAGCCUCAUCAAACAAGCAGAGGGUGGCCACUGUGGUUGCCCAUGAACUUGUGCAUCAGUGGUUUGGAAAUGCUGUGACCAUGGAAUGGUGGGAAGAUCUGUGGCUAAAUGAAGGCUUCGCUUCCUUCUUUGAGUUCCUGGGAGUAAACCGUGCAGAACAAGGAUGGCAAAUGCGGGACCAGAUGUUACUUGAAGAUGUACUACCUGUCCAAGGAGAUGAUUCUUUGAUAUCUUCACACCCAAUUGUUGUCACCGUCUCAAAUCCUGAUGAAAUAACAUCUGCUUUUGAUGGAAUAUCCUACAGCAAGGGAGCUUCCAUUUUGAGAAUGAUUGAAGACUGGAUGACACCAGAGAAAUUUCAAAAAGGAUGCCAGAUUUAUUUGAAAAGAUUCCAAUUUAGGAAUGCAAAAACUUCAGAUUUUUGGGAAGCACUUAAAGAGGCAAGUAAUCUACCCGUGUCAGAAGUAAUGGACACCUGGACCAAGCAGAUGGGUUAUCCUGUGCUUGACGUGAGAGAGAAUAGGAACAUCAAGCAGAAACGCUUUCUGUUGGACUCAAGAGCUGACCCUUCUCUGCCACAUUCAGAUCUUGGUUACACAUGGAAUAUUCCAGUUAAAUGGACUGAAGAGAAUGUGUCAAGUAUUACAUUCUACAAUAGAUCAGAAACAGGAGGAAUCACUUUGAACCCUUCUAAUCCCAGUGGGAAUGCUUUUCUUAAAAUAAACCCAGAUCAUAUUGGGUUUUAUCGUGUAAAUUAUGAAGUGCCAACUUGGGACCUGAUAGUUGCCACUCUUUCCUCCAACCACAAGGACUUUUCUUCUGCUGACCGUGCAAGUCUUAUCGAUGAUGCUUUUGCCUUGGCAAGAGCUCAACUUCUAGAUUAUAAGGUGGCUCUGAACUUGACCAAGUAUCUCAAAGCGGAAAAGGACUUUUUACCAUGGCAGCGAGCCAUUUCGGCUGUAACCUAUAUCAUUAGCAUGUUUGAAGAUGAUAAAGAGCUAUACCCUGUGAUUGAGGAGUAUUUCCGAGACCAAGUGAAGCCGGUUGCAGACGAUCUGGCGUGGGAAGAUACUGGAGACCACAUCACAAAGUUGCUCCGCGCCUCUGUGUUAGGGUUCGCGUGCAAGAUGGGCGACAGAGAGGCCCUGGGCAACGCCUCACAGUUGUUUCAGCAGUGGCUCACGGGGGCUGUCAGGAUUCCUGUAAAUCUCAGGCUGCUGGUAUACCGAUAUGGAAUGCAGCACUCUGGCAACGAGGCCUCAUGGAACUACACUCUUGAUAAAUAUCAGACCACUCCAUUGGCUCAAGAGAAAGAAAAGCUGCUGUAUGCAUUAGCAUCCGUGAAGAAUGUUGCUCUUUUGUCAAGGUAUUUGGAUUUGCUCAAGGACUCAAACUUUAUUAAAAGUCAGGAUGUGUUUACAGUCAUCCGAUAUAUCUCAUAUAACAGCUAUGGGAAGAACAUGGCCUGGAACUGGAUACAGCUCAACUGGGAAUAUCUAGUCAACAGAUUCACACUCAAUGACAGAUACCUUGGUAGGAUUGUCACUAUAGCAGAGCCGUUCAACACUGAACUCCAGCUCUGGCAGAUGGAGAGUUUUUUCAAAAAAUAUCCAGAAGCUGGAGCAGGAGAAAAACCUAGGCAGCAAGUGCUGGAAACAGUGAAAAACAAUAUUGAAUGGCUAAAUCAAAAUAGAAAGAGUAUAAGAGAAUGGUUUUUGGAAUUACCUAGGAACGGUUAAUGUGUUAAAAUAUCAUUUUAAUUUUGUGAAUCUGUUGUUUCUACUAUUAAGCAUUUGCUGACCUAAUUUACAAGCACUGUGGAGGGACCCUUAUACACAGAUACUGCUAUUGCUAAGUAUUAUGUUUUAUGUUUUACGAAGCUUUAAAUUGUACAUCUUUGUUUAUGAAGGAAGAUACUAAUAGAGUAGUUAAUGUACUCAGGGAUUUCUUCUAAGUGUACUUCAUAGGAGAUUCUUUACAAACUGAAGAGAAUUUAAUAGCCAUUUUUAAUGUCUUUAAAUAUCAUCCUUUGUAUCUUAAAUCUGUGAAAAUAGAACAAUUUGGUUUUAGCUUUACAUUUUUAGUACCAAAGAAACACCACUAAUCUUUUCUCUUGAUUGAUUUUUAAAGUUUGAAUACCAGCACUUGAGGGACCAAUAUUACCAUCUUAAUCUUUGUUUUAUGAUUCAGAAUUAUACAGAUCUAAUAUCAUUUUAUUCACAUAUGUCUUAUUCCUUUAAAUCCUACCAAAGUAACUGGGCUUAAAUUGUACUCAAGUAUUGCAUGACUUAGUCAAAGAAAUGGCUGACUGUUGCCUUUGCUCUUAUAAAUCAAGAGAA